AUGAUCUGGUCCCCACAGCUCAUCCAGAGGGGGACGCCCUUGCCAGUGUGGGCACUGGGGCUGCUCUGUACAGCUCCCCUGCCCACAUUGCUCGCACAUGGAGCCUGGAGUCCCCAGCUGAGCACACAAGCGGAUGCAGGGUACUCUUCCCAGCCUGUGCAGCAGGCACCAGGGCUCUGGGCAGUACUGUCCAGUCUGACUCUGUCACUCAGCCCAGUGGAUAUGACCUCGGAUGCCAACACAGCCAACAACUUCCUCCUCAUUUCCGACGACCUCAGGAGCGUCCGAAGUGGGUGCAUCAGACAGAAUCGGCAAGACCUUGCCAAGAGAUUUGACUUGUCCAUUUGUGUCCUGGGCUCCUCUCGCUUUACCUGUGGCCGCCACUACUGGGAGGUGGACGUGGGAACAAGCACAGAAUGGGACCUGGGAGUCUGCAGAGAAUCUGUUCACCGCAAAGGGAGGGUCCAGCUGACCACAGAGCGUGGAUUCUGGACUGUGAGUUUGAGGGCUGGAGGCCGCCUCUCUGCCAGCACGGUGCCGUCGACUUUCCUCUUUGUAGACCGCAAGUUACAGCGAGUGGAGAUUUUUCUUGAAAUAGGCAUGCAGAACGUUUCCUUUUUUGAUGCGAAAGGUGGUUCCCAUGUCUAUACAUUCAGGAGAGUCUCUGCUGAGGAGCUACUGCGCCUGUUUUUGACUCCUUCAAUUCCACCUAAUGGUGAUCAGGGUGUCUUGAGUAGCUGUCCUGUGAUGAACUCAGGCACGACUGAUACUCCGGUCCAUCCUGGGGAGGCCAGAUAG